AUGCUCUCCGCUCUCCUCGCCGCCCUCCUCCUUCUAGCAGGCUACCUAACCAUAACCCUAACAUCGCGGAAAAAGCACCCGCCUCUGCCUCCGGGCCCUCCCCGCCAACCCAUCAUCGGCAAUCUCAACGACCUCCCUCGCCCCGGCCAACAGGACUGGAAACAUUGGCUCAAGCAUAAGGAGCUCUAUGGCCCCAUCAGCUCCCUCAGCGUCCUCGGCCAAACCAUCAUCAUCCUCAACGAGGCGCGCCACGCAGUCGACCUGCUGGAGAAGCGCUCGGCGAUCUACUCCUCCCGCCCGCAGCAGAAUUUCGCCGAGAUGUCCGGCUGGCACAACGUGCUCGGCUCCGUGAAAAGCACCGACCGCUUCCGUGCAACCCGCAAGAACCUGCACCAGGAGAUCGGGUCGAACAAGUCGGUGGCCCGGUUCGAUGCGGUGCAGACCGCGGAGGUGGGGAGGUUUCUGAUGCGCGUGCUGGAGGCGCCGGGGCGAUUGAUGGAGCAUAUUCGCAAAGAAACCGGCGCCAUCAUCCUCAAGGUCGGAUACGGGUAUACGGUCGAGCCGCACGGCCGGGACCCGCUAGUCGAGUUGGCCGAUCGCGCGAUGGAGGAUUUCUCGGUGGCGAUGUUGCCGGCGACGUACUUGGUGGAUUAUCUCCCGUUCUUGAGACACCUCCCCGCCUGGUUUCCCGGGGCCAGCUUCAUCCGCACCGCGCGCGGAUACAAGAAAACCGUCACGGCCUUCAGCGACCUCCCCUACGCGUUCGUGCAGCACCAGAUGCACCGCGACACAGAAUACACGCCGUCCUUCCUGUCCAACCUGCUGCAGCACCAGCCCGCGCUGCCCCUGCCCCGCGGUUCCGAGGCCGAGGUCACAGUCAAAUGGUCGGCGGCGUCGCUGUAUGCCGGUGGGGCGGAUACCGUUUCUAAGCUAGGGGUAAAGACCGUCUCCUCCAUCGCCACCUUCUUCCUCGCCAUGGCCCUCUUCCCGGCCGUGCAGCGCAAAGCCCAGGCCGAACUUGACAUGGUCCUCGGCGCGGCGGGUCGGCUGCCCACCUUCGCCGACCGCGAGAACCUGCCCUACAUCAAUGCCCUCAUCAAGGAGGUCUUCCGGUGGCAUCCCGUCGUGCCUAUGGAUAUCUCGCAUGUGGUGACCCAGGAGGAUGAGUAUGAGGGGUAUUGGAUCCCCAAGGGGGCGUCAGUUCUGGCGAAUAUCUGGUUUGUUCUUCUCUUCCUUGGCUGGGGAGUUUUGAGAGCUGGGAGGGAAGAGAAAGGGGUGGUAGGUUGGGCAUUCACCCACGAUCCGGAUGUGUAUCCUGAUCCGGAGGCUUUUAGGCCGGAGCGGUUCCUGCCUUCGUCUUCUUUGAUCAAUGGUGACAGUGGUGGUGGUGGUGGUGGUGCUGCUGCUGCUACUACUACUGCUGCUGAUGUCCAACGAGACCCCCACCUCCUGGUCUUCGGGUUCGGGCGGAGAGUCUGCCCCGGGCGGACCCUGGCGGAUACGAACGUGUACCUGACGAUCGCGCAGGCGCUAACGGUAUUUCGCAUUCAGGGGCCGGAGAACGCGGACUGGACGCCUGAGUUUCGGCCGGGCGUGAUCAGUCAUCCGGUCGUGCCGGCGGGGCUGAGGGUCGAGGCGAGGAGUGAGGCGCAUGCUGCGUUGGUGAGGGAGGUGGAGAGGGUGUUUCCUUUUGAGAGGAGUCACUCGGGGGAGUUGGUGGGGUUGUCUUAUUAG